GAUGGACAAGAUCGUACAGAUGUAUUCUGUGGUAACGGUGAAGUCCCUCUGGUGAGGUUGUCCACUAUAAAUUAGGCCCGCGAACGUGAGGUGAUCAUAACCUGCACAAGAGCAAACAGGGUUACAUCUAAAGAUCGAGAAGACUCAGACAUGAAGCCAUACAGCAUCGCAGCCAUCGGCGUUCUCCUCUUCGCCUUCUGCUCAGUGACCAUCAGCCAGAACAGUCACGGGCCACAGAAGUGCUGCUUCAGCUAUACAAAGACAAAAAUCCCCGUGGCAAUGGUCAUGCAUUUUGAGAUGACCAGUCCUGCAUGCAACAAGCCAGGAGUCAUAUUCCACACAACCAAGCAGAUAGAAAAGUGUGCUGAUCCAGAAGAGAAGUGGGUCCAGAGGCUGAUAAACAUAAAGAGCUGAAUGUCAACAUCACUUUGACUGAUUCUGAAGCCGCAAGAUAAAAUCCUAUAAGCUACCCAUGCGGUCAAGCCUGCUGUCCUUCUUAUUUGAACCCGAAUGUUCAUCAUAACUGAGAAUGUGAUGAUUUGCACCAGCUUGUUUUUUGUUUUUUAAAAAAAGCUUUCAUCAAUAUCAGGACAUUGUAAAAAAUGUUUUAUGAUUGAU